UGAAGUCAGAACGCUAAUCUCUUUCCGUAGUUGCAGUCAACUAUUUGAUAACAGUUGUUGACCAUCUAGCUUCUGUCAAAGCCUCUUCUAUCUUCUCGAUUGUAAUACGUGGAAAUCUUAAACUAUCUCUACUUGCAAUUAAGACCUCUUUAGUUAACAUGAACUGUAUGGUGUGACAUGAUUAAGGCUUGCAAUAAGUUAAUAACAAGAGACAACAACUAAACUAAAGUAAGUGAAAUGCUGCUGGCUAGCUAGCUACCAGCAUGAAACUACGUGUGAGGAUAAACAAGCAGACCAGCCCGGUGAAGCUGGAGGGAGAGGAGCCCACUCUGACAGAGCUCAGGUUAGUUCAAAUCAGAGAGAUCCUUCUGCCUUCACAUGGCCUCAGCCCAGACACAGAGUUCACCUUGUCCCUGAAUGGCUCAGAUCUUCUAUCUGACUCUGGUCAGACUUUGUCCUCUUGUGGCAUCGUCACUGGGGACCUGGUCUGUGUCAUCUUGCCUCCAUCUGUGGCUGUGCCCUCCGCCACCUCUGCCCCCUCCGCUGCCCCUGCUCCCUCAGCCCAGCCAGGCUGGCCCUCAGGCUCCCCUGCUUCCUCUGCUGCCUUUGCCUCUUCAGCCCGCCAGUCACCCAGCAACAACAGCAGCAUCAGUAGUAGUAGUCCUGGGCUGUACCAAGCUGUACACCCACCAGCCCAACGCUCCAGUGAGGCCAGCACCAGCAAGGGGGCGGAGCCUCAACGGGAAGUGGUCAGAGAGGAGGAGGAGCAGGAAGAAGAGGCAGGUCAGUGGGUGUGGGAGCCCAUGCUGUGUGGGGAGGCAGAAGGAGGGAAGGUACCCCAUUCCCUGGAGGUUCUGUACCACCAGGCUCAGAGCAGCAGUACCUGUGAUGCCCUGAUGGUGGCAGUCCACCUCCUGAUGGUGGAGACUGGCUUCCUGUGUCAGGGCUCUGAGGGGCGUCCUGGUGAGAUGCCAGCUGGGUGGAGGGCACCAGGAGGGCUGUACAGACUGCAGUAUGCCCAUCCUCUCUGUGACGACAGCCUGGCCUUGGUCCUAGCUGUCCCCAUGGGACCCGUUCUGGUUAUCAACGCCACCCUGAAGAUGAACCAGCAGGUGGACACAGUGAGGAAACUGUCGCUGAAACCCUCCACCUAUGUGACUGACCAGUGGACAGGUGACAGUGCAGCGGCCGUCUACACAGAGCUGAGGAAGUUGUCCCGGGUCUUCAAAGACCAGCUGGUGUAUCCUCUGAUAGCUUCAGCCAGAGAAGCCAUGGCCCUGCCAGCAGUGUUUGGCCUGCCAGUCCUUCCUCCAGAGCUGUUACUGAGGGUGCUGAGACUGCUGGAUGUCUCCUCUCUCCUGGCCCUCUCCUCGGUCAACAGACACCUCCACCAGACCACCACAGACCCGGCCCUCUGGAGACACCUCUACCGCAGAGACUUCCGAGACGGCCAAGACCACAGCAGAGCCAGAGACACUCAGUGGAGAGAG